AUGAACGUCUCUGCUGAUGGAAUUCCGUGGUCGCCAACAGAGACAACACGGAUUUGUAGCAGACAUUUUGUUGGAAACUGCAACAACAACAGUAACCAACACCCGUCGUAUGUGCCGACCAUUUUUCCGGCGGCGUACAAGAAACGGACACCUGACCCAGAAGUGGCGCAGAGGUGGAAACGGCGUUUUGAAAGGGUAGCCAGAACAAAUUCUGCGGAGCAGGCUGUGCCGCAGAGUACUCCUCAAGUUGAUCCAGCAGUGCAAGAUCAAGAAACCACUGCUUGCCUGGGCUUCGAUGACACACUUCUAAGUGAUUCGGAAUCACCAGAGAUGCCUCUUGCACCCAUCAGUGAUGAUGACCCUCAGCCUUCGGCAGUACCUUGUGAAAUACUGGGACAGGCUCAUCCAGUUACACAAGCUGAUGCUGCAUGCCAAACAAAGCCAGAAUGCCGAGGAAACCUGAUCAUCCUCCUGUGAACAACAAACG